UUUUCUCUUCAAUUAUUAUUGUUAAUUAAAAGGAAACUGCUUGACGCAACUCAUUCGCAUUAGCUCUGGGCGUUCAAAGUAAUCUUCUCCCGCUGGGACAGCUUGGAGCAACCUGCAUAACGAAUGCCAUAAAUGAAUGCUUGUUUUAAAAAUUUCACAAGCGUAAACCAAAAAAUGAGCAACAGCGAAGACUCCCAACAAUACAUUAACGAUAUGCUGGUCAAAGAGGAGGAUGAGGCGUCGGGUGACGAUUCGGACAGACAGGACGGACAUGGGAGCAUGCUGCGCGAACAGGAUCGCUUUCUGCCCAUCUGCAACAUAAUCAAGAUAAUGAAAGUGCCAGUGCCACAGAAUGGCAAAAUAGCCAAAGAUGCGAGAGAGUGCAUACAGGAGUGCGUCUCAGAGUUCAUAUCAUUUAUCAGUAGCGAGGCCAUUGAGCGCAGUGUCGCCGAGAAUCGCAAGACGGUCAACGGUGACGAUUUGCUGGUGGCCUUCAACAAUUUGGGCUUUGACAACUACGUGGAACCACUCUCUAUUUACUUGCAAAAAUAUCGCGAGUCAAACAAAUCGGAUCGCAAUUUAUUUCUGGACAGCAGCUAUAUGCAAACCGAUGAAGGCGAGGCUGGCAAACAGUAGUCUUUAACGGGGUUUAAUUUAAGACUUAAGGGACGGUGAAUAGAUUUUUUUUUUAAAUUUAUAUAUAUAUAUAUAUAUAUACAUAAAUAUAUAUAUAUCUAUAGUCAAAGUCAAGUUUUACUUUUAUGGCAAGUAGCUUAAUAGUUUCAUUUUAUAUGCAUAUUUUAUAAGACACCAAGUACUUUGUAUAUUCUACAGGUUUACAUAUUUGUAUAUGCUUAAAGAUAUUAAAGGGUAUGUUGAGUCAGACA